AACGUGCCGGCACCAUAGAAAUAGUUGUCUAUGGACACUUUCACAAGGAAGCAACACAGAAACAAAUGGUCGAUGGUAUAGGUACUAUCGGGGAAACCAUAAAGCCUUUCAUAAUAUGGCCAUUAAAACAUUACAGCGCCGGAAAAAAAGAGAAUGAGAAAAAUUUUGAAAUCAAAGAGGAUGUAUCGCAGCUUCAAAGGUAUCGCUGCAUGGGAUUUAAGUUUGGCUAUGUUUCUAAAGAGCAACGAUGUAUUAUUGAUCGAGAAACGCUAAAAGAUUUGGCAGGAGUGAAAGUUGUCUUACGAUCAGCACAAGCACCAUCAUCUGAAAUUACGUUUCCACUAUUACCGCCACCAAUUAGAGACACAUGUUCCAUACGAGAGAGAAUACGGAAAGGAUUAGAUAUUACAGUAAAACUCAUUAAGCUUUACAAGUCACAUAGGAUUGAUACUGAACUCGCGUUAUUAGAAAGAUUAUGA